AGAACACAACAAGAACCUGGAUAAACAAGCCACGCCCCCCUGGACACAUCAGCCUAUCAGCAGCAGAGCUCACAUUCGGUCACAUCGAGGCAUUGACCAGGAAGCCUCAGCAGUCAGAGGAACUCAACUUCCUGUCAGUGUUUUACAUUUUUAGCCUUUAAUGUAUAGGACAGACAGGUGUGAAGGACAGAGGGAGAGACAUGCAGCAAAGGGCCACAGGCUGGAGUCGAACCCGGGCCACUGCGGCAGCAGCCUUGUACAUGGGGCGCCUGCUCUACCACUAAGCCACCGACGCCCCGUGAUAUUGGGCUUUAUAAAUAACAUUGACUGAUUUUUGUACAUUUUUGGAUCGGUGUGACAGGUUCUUCCUGUUCUGUCGACGUGGCGUGAGCGCAGUCUGACGCCGUCCUGCUGAUCGCAGGUCGCCUGAAUCGUUUCAACAGAAUUAAAACUUUUACUGGAGAUGGAGAACAAAGAAUCAACUGGGCUGAAACAUUUUAAUAAAUCAAGAUGUAAAUAUGUCACUUCCUAUAUGAACGAGGCUUUGUGUCACUUCCUGUCACCUGCCCUGAGAGAGGAUCCACGUGAGACACAGACCUCACCUGUGCUGAUGGACAUGUCCCUGAGGUUGGGUUAGAGUCCUAAAGGACGUUACAAUGUUCAGACUGAGAUUGGAGGACAGGUGGAGUGGAGGACAGGUGGAGGACAGGUGGAGUGGAGGACAGGUGGAGGACAGGUGGAGUGGAGAACAGGUGGAGUGGAGGACAGGUGGAGGACAGGUGGAGUGGAGGACAGGUGGAGGACAGGUGGAGUGGAGGACAGGUGGAGGACAGGUGGAGUGGAGGACAGGAGGAGGACAGGAGGAGGACAGGUGGAAGACAGGUGGAAGACAGGUGGAGGACAGGUGGAGGACAGGAGGAGGACAGAUGGAGGACAGAUGGAGGAUAGGAGGAGGACAGGUGGAAGACAGGUGGAGGAUAGGAGGAGGACAGGUGGAGGACAGGAGGAGGACAGGAGGAGGACAGGAGGAGGACAGGUGGAGGACAGGUGGAGGACAGAUGGAGGAUAGGAGGAGGACAGGUGGAAGACAGGAGGAGGACAGGUGGAAGACAGGUGGAAGACAGGUGGAGGACAGGAGGAAGACAGGUGGAAGACAGGUGGAAGACAGGAGGAUGAUAGGAGGAGGACAGGAGGAGGACAGGUGGAGGAUAGGAGGAGGACAGGAGGAGGACAGGUGGAGGACAGGUGGAGGACAGGUGGAGGACAGGAGGAGGACAGGUGGAGGACAGAUGGAGGAUAGGAGGAGGACAGGUGGAGGAUAGGAGGAGGAUAGGAGAAGGACAGGUGGAAGACAGGAGGAGGACAGGUGGAAGACAGAAGGAGGACAGGUGGAG